AUGGACGACCAACAAGUUCUCGACUCUCUAUCCGGCAACGCGAUGCCCGCGGAUCUGUCCAACUUCAACAUUACCGACCUCGUUAAAACACCACACAACGUCCGUCUCUACAAGGAGGUCCAGAACCUGAAAAGGCUCAUCAACGACCUCGUCGACUAUCAAAUUGUCCAUCCGAAGAACACGAAGCCCGUUGCGCGCGAAGCGAUCGACAAUGAGAAGAAGAUAAAACAGGAAAUUGAAAAGAGGGAGAAGUACAUCCGGGCGCAACUGUCCAUCAUCAAGUCUUUGUAUAGGCAGAGUGUGCUGAAGGUGCGCGAGGAGAAGGCGAAGACGUCAGAUGAUAGGGCGGUCAACGAUGCUUUGAUCCUGGGCUUGCAUAAUCUUAAGUACGAGGAGCAGUCGCUGAGGUCUGAGAUUUCGGCUGCUGAAAACUACGAUCACAAGUACAUGAAACUUCCUCUCAUUUCCGUCGAUCAAUUCCUCGAACAAUUCCCUGAACACAAAGACUCAACCGGACACGACAUCAUGGCCGCACGCAUCGAGCACGAACACCAGGUUCGCGUCAAGCUCGAAGAGCGUCGACAAGAGAAACUCAAGCAGAAACAGAAGCUCAUCGCAGAGGUCAAGAAGGGCAAAGAUGACCUCACGAAACUGGACACAAUGGUGGAGAAGUUUAUUGAAGCUGCGGAACCGAUCAAGAAAGUGCUUGCUACGGACUAG